UUUACUGACCACUCCAACAGCCUCUCUCUCUCUUUCUCUCUCUCUCCAGAACACCAAGUUGAAGGUGCAAGUCCUUCCCUCGCCUGUAUUCACUUCAUCUCGGCACAGGUCUUGGCUGUGACCAGCUGAUACAGUCAUGGCACCAAAGAAGAACAAGACCACUAAGAAGAAUAAAGCAGACAUCAAUGAGAUGACAAUCAUGGUGGAGGACAGCCCGAUCAACAAAAUCAACGGGCUGAACACCCUCCUGGAAGGUGGCAAUGGCUUCAGCUGCAUCUCAACUGAGGUCACUGACCCUGUUUAUGCUCCUAACCUUUUGGAGGGCCUGAGCAACAUGAGGCAAGACAGUUUCUUGUGUGAUCUGACAGUAUCAACCAAGUCCAAGUCCUUUGAUGUCCAUAAAGUUGUGAUGGCCUCCUGCAGUGAGUACAUACACAACAUUCUCAAGAAGGACCCAGCCACUCCAAAAAUCGACCUCAGCGAUCUGUCACCCGUCGGUCUGGCCACAGCCAUCACAUAUGCCUACUCUGGAAAACUGACCUUGUCACUGUACACCAUCGGCAGCACAAUAUCUGCAGCCAUGCUUUUGCAGAUUAACACCCUAGUCAAGAUGUGCAGUGACUUCCUCAUGCGAGAGAUUAGUGUGGAAAACUGCAUGUAUGUGGUGAAUAUCGCUGACACAUACAACCUCAAGGAAACCAAGGAAGCAGCUCAGAAGUUCAUGCGUGAGAAUUUCAUUGAAUUCUCAGAGAUGGAACAGUUCCUGAAGCUUACCUAUGAGCAGAUCAGUGACUUCCUAACAGACGACUCCCUGCAGCUGCCCUCUGAGCUCACAGCCUUUCAGAUUGCAGUCAAAUGGCUGGAUUUUGAUGAGAAGAGACUUAAAUAUGCUUCAGACCUGCUGACACACAUUCGCUUCGGAACCAUCUCGCCCCAGGACCUGGUCAGCCAUGUACAGACUGUACCCAGGAUGAUGCAAGACCCGGAGUGCCAUCGUCUUUUGGUGGAUGCCAUGAAUUACCAUUUGCUGCCGUACCAACAGAACAUCCUGCAGUCUAGAAGAACCAAGGUCCGCGGUGGUCGAAGAGUGCUGCUAACUGUAGGCGGGCGACCUGCCUUGACUGAGAAAUCCCUGAGCAGGGACGUUCUCUAUAGAGACGAGGACAACCUUUGGAACAGGCUGACCGAGAUGCCUGCUAAGAGCUUUAACCAAUGUGUGGCUGUCCUAGACGGUUUUCUGUAUGUGGCCGGUGGUGAAGACCAGAAUGAUGCUAGGAACCAAGCAAAGCAUGCCGUCAGCAAUUUCUGCAGGUAUGAUCCCCGUUUCAACUCGUGGAUCCAUCUCACCAGCAUGAUCCAGAAGCGUACCCAUUUCAGUCUGAACACAUUCAAUGGUCUUUUGUUUGCUGUGGGUGGACGUAACUCUGAUGGAUGCCAGGCUUCUAUGGAGUGCUAUGUUCCAUCUUCCAAUCAAUGGCAGAUGAAGGCCCCAAUGGAAGUCCCGAGAUGCUGUCAUGCUAGCACGGUCAUAGAUGGCAAGAUUUUGGUAACUGGAGGUUAUAUCAACAAUGCCUAUUCCAGGGCAGUGUGUUCUUAUGAUCCAUCAACAGAUAGCUGGCAGGAUAAAAACAGUCUCAGCACUCCUAGAGGCUGGCAUUGUUCCACCACUGUGGCUGAUCGGGCUUAUGUUAUUGGAGGCAGCCAGCUCGGCGGCCGCGGGGAAAGGGUGGAUGUCUUGGCGGUUGAGUCUUUCAACCCUCAUUCUGGCCAGUGGAGCUAUGUUGCCCCCUUGCACACCGGAGUAAGCACAGCAGGUGCUGCCACCCUUAACAGCAAGAUUUAUCUCCUGGGUGGCUGGAACGAAGUCGAGAAAAAGUACAAAAAAUGCAUUCAGGUGUACAACCCUGACCUUAAUGAAUGGAUUGAAGAUGAUGAGCUGCCAGAGGCAACAGUGGGCAUUUCAUGCUGUGUCAUUACUAUCCCCACCCGCAAGACACGAGAGUCUCGGGCCAGCUCGGUAUCAUCUGCUCCAGUCAGUAUAUAGGUGAUAUACAGGGGAGCUGGGAAAUGUAGUUCAAUUGAUGAUUCUGAAUGAGAUGAUAUGCAAAUCUCUGUUUUCCUUUCAGUUGCAGUACCAACCUGUUCCAUAGUUCUUAGAACAUUAAAUUUUAUAAUAAUCUCAUAAGCUACAACUGAUUGUCAUUUUCACGUUAUCUUUUACAUUAAUAAACAAAUAUAUUUUAAUGCUGUUCAGUUUAUUGUAUCAUCUCAACACUGAAUAUCACAUAGUUUCCAUGAGAUUUGUUACUAUUAUUUAAUAUUAAUACAGUGGUGAUUACAACUUUUAAUGUAGUUUUUUAAAGAAUUUGGAAGUAUACAAAUGGUUUAAAGGUUGUGAAAACACUGAUAUGCAAUCAGGUUUUAACUAGGGCUGUAUGAUUUAUCUUUUUAUCAACAGUAUGGCAGGAAAAGGAUAAUAAUAACAAACAAAAACUAGUUAAAUACAACUCACCUAAUAGUUGUAUACUUUUGUAUAUGGGCCAAUUAUUCUACAAUUAUUUAUGGGUGCCACGGAAUGCAAAAAAAAGAAAAUAAAUAAAUAAAUAAAGAUAUUUAUACAUUUCUCUUAAAAAAUACUAUGCAAAUUCAAUAAAUUAAUACAAUCUGUUGUAUAAUUAUCUAUACUGACCUGCCAGGAGUGAUUCUGAAAGAAGCAAGAAACAGAACACUAUUCACUUACCAAAACAGCCCUUAGCAACAAAAGACAGAAAGCAUUAGGAGUCAUAAUGAAAGUUGAAUAGGGUUUGUUGAGACCGGUUGGGCAGUGGUGGCUUGUUUUGUAAUACGACUGAAUGGUUAUGGGAAUCAAAGCUAUGUACCUGGUCUGUCUAGAGAAAUUCCUGACAGGUCAAGAUCUGAAAUGUUCGUAAGUUCAUAAAAAUGUGACAACUGCAUACACUUGUGUGUUAGCAACACUUUUUGAAACAUUUGUAAUUAUAUAUGUUGUCCAUGUUCUGCAUAUUUAUUAAAGGUUCCUAAAAAAUGUUGCGGA